AGGUACUGGAAAGUUAUCACGAGUGGUUGGAAAGCCCGUAAAAAGAACUCCAGCAUCCUGGAAUUCGCCACGUUUCUAGGAGAAUGGCGCGACAUCAGCAUGUUAAGACUUCUUCACUGUUUUUUGGAGUCUGCGCCUCAACUGGUUUUACAGCUCUACAUUUUACUGCAGCGUCGACCAUUUGACUUGAAAAAUGAUUUGCUCACUGCUGUCACCGCGGGAUGUUCUCUGAUCUCUAUGAUCUGGGCUAUUUUAGCUUAUAGUAAGUCUUUGCGCGACUUCCGAAAGCAAGGCUACAAACUUUCACUUCAGGGCUUGUUCUUCCAAGUACUAUGGCGCACCUCUAUGGUAACAUCACGCGUGGUUGCCAUAGUUCUUUUUGCCUCGUACUUCCAGCAAUGGGUUUUUGUUGCCGUGGGCGCACAUUGGCUUAUAAUGAUUAUGUGGCUGAUCUGUCAGCGGACUCGUUUUUGUACCGAUGACGAAGGCAGAGAGCACCCUUGCCGCGAAAAACUGUUUUGCGCAGCGAUCGGGUUCAUGUACAUAUUUUGCUUUUUCAAUACUCGAGAAGGUAUGACUCGCAAACGCGUUGUCUUGUUCUAUUCAGUCAUGCUGGUUGAAAAUUCCCUUUUUGUCUCCAUGUGGUAUCCACAUAGAACUUUUCAAGGGUUAACCGCCUUCGUUGCGUUGGGGGUGGUGUGGGGAGGAUUGGCACUUGGUGUUCUUUGCAUGAUACUGUACUAUCGCUACUAUCAUCCCAGUUUACCAGUUCAAGGAAUCUGUCUUCAAAAGAGAACGUUUGAAUUCGAAGGUCAAAGAACCUACACUUGGGUUUGCUGUGGUUACUGCAACAUAAAGCAGUCUGGGGAAGACACCAUUGUAGGUGAAGGUUUGAUGAGAAACCUAAAUCAUAGUGGAAAUCACCAAGCAUGCGCACAGCCUUCUCUGGAACUAGAAAUUCUCCCUCGCAGUGCAUCACAGGAGAUUUUACAAGAAGCGUUGGGAAAUCACGUCUCUGGUCCAGACUCUUCUAUCCUCGUUCACAGUACACCUGCGCGCCCUGUGAGGCCGUCCAGCUCACACGCUAAGCAUCCGCUGGUCACUAGUGAAGUGCCACGAAUCACAGUGACUACUGCCACCCCCGAGGUAAUGAGCCCUGUAUCAAACUCAUCUGUGGUUACAUUAAACGAGGUUAACGUGGAAGCUCUUGACGAAGUCGUUCAGCGCUCUGUAAAAACAUCGAAGAACAAACCUGAUAGAGUUUCGGACAGCGAUAAUGAGGAGGCAACUGUUACUGCAGCGAGCGACUUAGCAACUGUUAGCCAUCAACGUGUAAAAGAAGAGAGGAAGUCCGUAACACCGCGCCGGGGCAUAGAUUUUAAAAGUGAACCAAGCCUUACCUCGCCAAAAAGCCCUACAUCGCGAGAGAUCAUCAGCUGGUUUCACCCAGACCAACAAGCUUACGGGUCAGACUCUGUAGAUGAAUGCGAAGAGAGACUUGCAAAAAUCAAUUUCGGAUCGUUAAGUUUUGGUAAUCGAUACAGUCUCGUUUCUUCCGACUGUCUCUCUUUGUCCUCAGAGAGCUCACAAAGCUCAGUAGACAGCAUAAUGUUUGCCGAUGAAGGACCAGGAUGUUCCGGCGUUCAAGUUAACAAAAGAUUGUCUGGGGAAUUAACUCCAAGGGCGGAUGAGGGAAUUUUUUCAGAUGAGAGAGAUUCACCCAUGAAAGGGAGUGUUAGUACUUCUGAGGAUCCAGAUGUGAUUUCUGCAGCUUCUACUCCUCAGAGAUCUAACGUUAACGCGCAAUUUCCUGUCUUGGACAAAAGUCACCAGCGAGAUGCAUUACAACAGGUUUCGAGAGAGUCGCCAGAGAAAUGUAGGGUGAUGUCCCCAGUACGUGAAGAAGGCUAUGAGUUGAUAGAAUUGUUGAUGGACGCGCCAUCUACUCCAUCUUCCAGCUUGAAACGAAGGGCCAGAAAAGUUACCAACAGUGUGUCAUCUGAAGAGACGAUGGAAAAUGAGAUUUACAAGGAAGAAGAUAGACUUGUCCGAGAGGAGUCUGUGUCCGAGCUAGAGGACGGACACGAGAGCGAGUCCACUGACGUAAGCAGCGACAGCAGUCAUUGGAGAACACUGCAUCAUUCAUAUGACGAAAUAGAGCCUGGAGCGAGUGGAUUCCAGUCUUCUCCGGACACGGCUGAGACCAAUAAGAGACACACAUUCGACUUUUCACAGUUGUCAAAGAGCCCGCGGUCACCAAGACGACGUAGAAGAGACCGCAAAUAUCGACGAUCAAAAAGAAAAGAGUUCGAUAACUUUGUUGUCACCACCCUGAGACCAGGAAAGUACGGUUCUCUUCGACGGUCGAUAGAUCGGAUGGCAAAGAUACAAGAAGAUGCAGAGGAGACGUUUUUACUGAAUACUGAGGCAGCUUUAAAUGCUUGUAUUCCGGAAGAUGAAGAUCUUUCGUCUCCUAAUAUGGAC